ACGUCGCUCGUGUUAUCUUACUUAUUUUGAUUGUAAAUUUCCUAUUUUAUCAAACACCUAGGUGUUCUUCGCUGCAAUAACGUUAAUUUCAUGGUAUGUAUAUAUGCAUGCAAUAACGACAUUUACACAGCACUUGAAUCUUGAAUGCGUGGGCCUUAAAUUGCGGAAAAGAAGCGACUGUGAGAAAAUGGUUGACUGCAUGCUCCGCUCACUUGGCUCAACGGCGCCAGCGAGGACGACUAGCCCUAACUAGAUAGUGGCCUAGUGGUGGUUCGCUGUCCCUGCUGCACCUUCUAGAAUAAAGAUGGCUUCCAGAGCGGAGUGCUGUGAUGUUAUUAGCAAAAGCUGUCGUCUGCUUUCGGUAACCGCCGCUAUUAUUGAUGCUGCUUCUGUUAUAAAGUUGCUGCUGGUGAUGCUGUGGCGGAUACUUAGCAAUUGCUGCUGCGGAAACUCAAUAGUUGAAGGGUGGAUGAGGUCGCCACCCUCGCCAAUGUUCCCCUUUCCAAUAUGAGCUCGUUGCCGAUUGGCUGGAAUGGUGUGACGUCACAAUGGCCAUAUAAGGGCGAUCCGAAAGGGCGAGCACGCACUUUGUGUGUUAGCUGAGGCAGGUCAUGUUGAGCAGCUAUAGCCAGAGUGGAUCAGAAUCUGAGUAUCGUUUAACGAACGGUUUGAUCCCGGCUAGGGUGAAGCGCCUCGGCUAUUGGCAAGCGCAACAAGAACAGUUACUAAGCACUCAUCUCAACUGCGGCGGCAAACAGAGAACGUUUUGUAGCGUGCGAGUGUGUGGUGUGAAACCUCGUCGACGAACGUACGGCCAAGACGGCCUGAGUCAAUUGUGUCACCACGUUCAGGGCUACAUCUAACCUCGUCAUAAACAACAGCAUCGUCGUGGUGGUGGUGAUGGUGCUGUGGCUGGUGGUAACUGGCUGAGAGAGAAACAAGUACUGCAGAUACUAGGACAACUUGACAGUGAACAGUUGACCAAAGCGAAACUUGUAUGUCAAUUGUUUUGCGUUUGUUGCGGCAGAACGAAAUCGAAACAACGGUUAAUAGUGCUAUUGCUUUCAGAAAGAGUUUGUUUUGCUUAUACCGUAAUCGGUGAAUUGAUUACUAUUGGGGUUCGUGCAAACGGCAGUGAAGAACGUCAGAUCGAGAGACUCUCCGUGAAACUUUCAUAGACGAAUUGGAUAAAAGGCAGGGACCCCGUCUCGAAUUUGUUGCUUGUUCAGCGACACACAUGUCGACUGCUGCUACAUCGUGCGCUGUUGUAGGGCAUUUCGUCACAAACAUUUUGGAAACUUCGACCACAACAACAUCAACACCGGGAGACGCGUCAACACGACCGCGAAGAAAAACGCCGACCAACGUAAAAUUGACUGCCCCAGCAACGGUAGAAUCACGGACAGUCGUUUUCAAUCUAGUGACAUCAACGACGGCAGCAGUGGUAGUGGUGCCUAGUGAAAAGCGUCAGUCAAAAGCUGUGCGGACUUCGCGCCUUGCCGACGCUCUAAUGCACGACAGCUGUUCGACAUUGGUCAGGUGAUUUGUUGUAGGUACCCCAUUUCCCCCGUACUACUACUACUACGACGUUCUUUGAACAUUGUCACUCAUUAAUUCCCCCGUUUAUCGGUGAAGAACAGACACGAACACGAUUGAUUGAUUGACUGAUUGAUUGACUGGCUGAAAGAUAAUAAAAAAAAACGAGCGAGUCAACAUAAAAUGGGAACGCGUGAAUUAUACCAUAAUACGUAGGCUCGUCGUACCUUUGUAUAUCUGUAGAUAUCAAUCUCUAUAUCAUCUAAGGCUGAAUUAGUCAGCCAUACAUGAAGCUCGACAUCUUCAGCAGCAACAAGAACAACGACGGCAACAUUUAUUCAAUCAACAAAGGCACCAAAAUCUACAAUAAUAUCAGCCACAUUAACAGCAGCAGCGACACGAACGGAUUAAACAACAACAAUCAGAAUCUCAUCAACGAUUCCUGCAAAAGACGGCGACUACAGUCAGCCCAGCAAGUGUAACCAUGCCUGUGCCUGUUUCGGUACCGUGUAGUAAUAAUUAUAAAAGUAACCAUAAUAAUAACGAUAAUAUGCCCACCUCUCAACAACAUUCAGCACAAUUCCUACCACCGUCUUCCGUACACUUUCGGCGUCGUGCCCGCCGGGGCAAAAAGCGAAGGUGCCACGAACCCAUGAUGUCCACCCAAUCCCAGUCGCUACCUCAAACGACGACUGCGCAUCAUCGGGGCGGUGGCGGCACUAGGAAUGGUAAUCAUCCAUUGAAGAAACGAUGCAUACAAAUUCGUCCAGCUGACGUGCCCCAAGCACCAGCCAACUUCACCCAAUUCAUUAUCGACGACCACUUCGGUUCGUGUCCUGGUUUGUACAAGAGCUUUGAGACACCGCCAGUGGGUGGGCCCGAUUCGUCCUCUGACUCAGAGGCGCCUCACUCGAGUGUCAACUACGAUAGUGAAUCGAGUGUCGAUGCGCCACUUGACUACUCAGAUAUGGUGGCCUUCUAUGAAAAGGACUUCGAGGAGGUCUACUCGGACGCGCGCGCCGCCGAGGUGAUCGAGUUGCCCCGUGAGCAGCUAGUGGCAAUGUACGGUGAUCUGGAGAAGCGGGCUGCCGAGUUAAGCAGUGAACUGAGCGUAUACUCGCCACAGCAUCUACUCGAUCUACUGCAGCAGAGAUUACUUCAAUUGCAAGAAGAGAAUCGACAGUUGCGUGCGAAAAAUCGUGCACUUCGCUACGCCCAUAGUGAGCAUAGUGAUGAUAGUCAGGGCUCGGUUGAUUCAGAAACAGACUCGUCCUCGACGUCAUCCGACUCUUCGGAGUCAUCAGAUUCUUCAGAUGAGGACGCCAGCGGAGGCGUUCAGAACGACAAUGGUGCAGCAGUAGCCUGCAGUAGAGGUAGGCGCAGCGGGCCUGAGAUCGGAGAGGGUGUCCAUGCCGUUGUGGAACAGCUGCGACAUGGCCAAGUGGCUCCGGACUGCGUCGAUGACGUCAACGAUAACGCCAUGUUCCAGCUGGAUUCGUCCAGUCGUUUCAGCGGCGGCGAUGACGGUAAUGAUGAUAAUAACUCAGUGCACGACGAGCGUGAGGAAGGCGGCAGCAGCGCCAGAAGUAGUUAUUGUCAAAGGCGUGGGCUGCAUUGUAGCUUCAACAACGACGGCUCCUCGUCCACCCUCGAUUUUCGGAGCUUCCAGGAUGCAUUGUUUAGUCAAUCGCAUUCACCAACGACCAGGAGGACGACGUCACCAUCAGGAAGCAUGGCAACAACAGCUGCAGCAACAUCAUCAAGAAGUCAAAUUGACUUUUUUGGCGAGGAUCAGAAUAGGCGAACACCAGCGGGAUUGGCAGCGUCGCGGGUUGCGCCGCAAGGUCGGCGUUACUUCUCCAACGAUGUGGACGUCAAUGCGGACGUCGACGACAAGCGUGAUGACGAUGAUGAUGGUGACGAAGCCCCUAUGCGAGUAUUUAAAGCCGGGCAACUGCUACAGGACCGGAGACAACAGCAGCACGAACAGGAGGUUCAGGUGACAUCGUCAUGCAAGACGCCUGUUUCGGACUCGUCUCCACCUUACGGUGAGAUUGAAGCGAUGGGUUAGAGAGCUACUACAGUACUACCUACAAAAACCUAUCUACUACAAAUUACUACCAAACUCUUAUGCCCCUUCUCUCUCUCUCUCUCUCUCUCUCUCUCCUUGUUAAAAAACACUAGACAUCUCCAUUAGUAGGUGGUAGGGUUAGAAGCGUUCGACCAAUCGACUAGGACAGUUCUGUGUCUGGUAGUUGUCGAAUGCGACCACCACCACUGGAAUGGAGUUCGAAGAAAAUAAAAUGGUGGUUUGAGGUGGGAGCAGAGAAAGAAAGGGAACUUCUUGAUUUGUCGCGAAAGUCGACAGAGUCUAAUGGAGCGUUGGUAUUGGCGCGAAAUUUCAGUAUAAGCAGAACAGUGGUUUUGCUAAAGCGCGAGUGACUGCGCAGGCAGGUCGGCAGACGAGGAGGUGGAAUGUGCCGGAUUAAGGUUAACGAAAAAACAUUUGCAGUGGUAAACGAAAAACGAGAAUGGAAAGGACGCGGUGUGGCGUCUCCUGGUUUUUCGUUAAUCUGCAUUUUAUCCAUCCAACUCAGUUACGGUACCAGGCGUUAAGCAUGGGGUUAUAGUCUGCGUGUAACGGGCCACGACCGUCAUGACCUACCUCCUUCCCAAUGCAGAGGUACGUACAGCUCUGCUGCAGCCGCCCGUAGUUUGGACGGUGGCUAUAUAGCCUCGCUGCCGCUCCUUCCCUUCACGACUCUCCGGCCACGUAGUAAUAACAUGUACAUAAUUCUAGUCAUUGCCGCCCGGCAACAGGGGCGCCCUCUAAGGAGGGGACGUUUCCCUCUAGUUCCAGCCGGAAAGCUGUGUUCGGCCCCGACUUGUUCGUUAGGGGCACAACUCAUCCGUACCUCUUCACACGCAACACUUCAUGAAGCAGCUGAAGGACACACACUUCGAAUCGAGAGAAAUUAUAUAACAAUAAUGGUAUAGCUAAUAGUAGUAAUAAUAUUCAUCAUCGUCAUCAUCAUCGCAAAAUUCGGACCCAAACCUGAAAAGAGAAAAAGAGAUUAACAUUAGGGAGAUUAAAUAGACUAUGGCCAUGUCCUCACCACGGUCUUCCUUGUUCCUCGUCAGAAGCGCUUAGAAACGAACGGAGCCCAAAUAUCAGCUCUCUUGAAUGAAACUGAACGUACAGAAGGGAAAAACCUACUUCAGGCUCGAUAGCGCUCGUUUCUUUAAAAGAUCGGCAAAAUAUAAAUAGAUGCGCAUUGCGCCCUUAUCGCUGUUCGUCAUAUAUUAUAUACAUAUUCAUCUAUAUAGAGCAUAUAUAGAUAUCAUUUGUUAUAAACAAACGCAAGGAACGGAACAUAAGUCAUGUUUCAUCACGUCAUAUUUCUGCUGAAUCAUAUACGCACAUACAUACACGCAAACACACAGAGACAAACCUAAAUAGACAAAGACAUCUGGGCGCACGGCCUUCUAUUAUAAACUGAAAACGUUCUAUAAUGCGUUAUAUAUAUAUAUGUAUGUAUAUGUAUAUAUAUAUAUAUAUAUAUAUAUAUAUAUA